CGCGGCCAUGGAGCGGCAGAUUUUGCCUUCCGGCGGCGCCGCAGCCGUGGGCGAGUACAUGGAGUAUCGGAGAAUUGUCGGUGAGGACGAUGGAGGGAAACUUUUUACUCCUGAAGAAUAUGAAGAAUACAAGAAAAAAGUAUUACCUAUGCGCUUACAGAACAGAUUAUUUGUGAGCUGGCGAUCACCAGCUGGAAUGGAUUGUAAGCUUGUGGGUCCAGAGACACUGUGUUUUUGUGCACAUAGGUAUAAACAACAUAAAACUGACUUUGAAACGAUUCCACAGCAGCGCCCCAUCAGUCUCCCUUGCCGAGUGAGCGGCUGCGGGUGCAGGGCGUACCUUUAUGUCCCUCUGAACGGCACCCAGCCCGUUCGCUGCAGGUGCAAGCACCUUGCGGAUCAGCACAGUGCUGCGCCCGGCUUUCUCUGCAAUGCCUGUUCCAAGUGUUCAGGAUUCCAUAGUUGCUUCACUUGUGCUUGUGGUCAGCCUGCGUAUGCUCAUGACACAGUGGUGGAAACUAAGCAAGAAAGACUGGCUCAGGGCAAGCCAGUGGGACAGGAUGUUCCUUAUGCGGCAAUGGGAGGCUUAACAGGUUUCAGCUCACUGGCGGAAGGCCACAUGCGGUUAGAUGACAGUGGGAUUGGUGCACCUUCAAUUGAAUUUUUAGACUCUCCAGUUACAGCUAUGGACCACCCAUUUCUAAAAGCAUUUCAAGCAUCAUCUAGUUCUCCAGAAACACUGACAGAUGUAGGUACAAGCAGUCAAGUUUCUUCCUUAAAGAGACCUGAAGAGGAUGAUAUGGCUUUCUUUGAAAGACAGUACCAAGAAAGGAUAAAAAUGGAAAAGGUUGCUAAGCAGAAAGGAAAAGCAUCAUUGCCAUCAAGUACAAAACCUUCAUGAAGACUAUUGGGAAAAUUAAAACCAUCAUCCAAAUAGGUCUUGUUUGUGUUUAUUUAAAUAUAAUAAUACAGUUUAUUUUCUCUCAAAUUAUUUACUUCUUUUACUAUGUAAAAAUGUCGUUUUGGUUUUUUCCUUAAUUUAUUUAAACAAGUGAAAAUACUUUGUUACUUUUAUCAAAAUUCAUGAUUUAAUAUUUUGUAUGUACUUUUUAUCUCUCCUAACAAAUGAGGUUAUUUUCAUAUUAGUCAAAACCUGAAAAUACAGUAACUGUUUUUAGUCUGUCAUAAUUUAACUUUUUGAGGGUAUUUAAAAAAGUAUGUUAUUUUGGGGUUUGAACAAAUAUAUAAGGAGCCCUGUUUAAAAAUAGUAAGUUAAAA